GUCAAAGAAACAUUUGUUGCCCGAAUCGAGCUACUUCUGUGAAUUAUACGACAUAUAAAUGAUAUUUAAAUGAGAACUUAUCUAAACCAGAACUUAUCGUUAUCGUAUUUCGUUCUUAAAAUCGGGCCGAUAUAUACGUCAAUUUAUUCAAUAUGUUCGAUUCGAUUAAAUAAGUAUACGUUCGAUUUCAUAGAACGGGCCAAAUCGCCUAGCAAAAUAAACGCUCUGCUUUAACAACUUAUUUUUUACACAGGUGCUUUUUACGGAUGCUUUCAAUAUCUCCCACUUUCGGGAACAUGGGUUUAUAGGUCAUAAAGAAGUCAGGUUUUAUAUUAUGAGUCAUGUGUGCCAGGAAAAAAGUGUUCUUGAAAAUGAAAUGGAUAGGUUUUUAGUACCACUUCGAUGUAGUUUUUUUGUUUUUGAGAAAUUCUCGGCAUCUGUUGAGAAGUAGUUCAGUACAAUUCCUCAUCGAGAUAAGUGGAGAUGCAAGGAUAAAAGCCCUACUGACGGCGGGCGGUGUGGUAGUUGAAAGCAACGAUGGGUAAUUUGUUGGAGCACAGCUGAUCAUAUCAUACUAAGUACAAUAAUUAAAAAGCUUUUCAAGACAUUACCAAUUUGUUUAUGUCUUGGAUUUUCGAAGACUAGGUAACUUAUUUAGGUUUGGGUUCGCUAUUCUAAAGUUUUUCAACCCAUCGACUAAUUUGACGAUCUGUUAGAUUAGAUUUUUUUAUUUCAUGAUAAAAAUUUAACUAUUACAUCAUGUUAACAUUAUUUUUCUCUUCUCAUCAUGACAUUUCAUACCUAAUAAAACGAAACGCUACUGUCACUGUCGCACUAAUACGGAAGGGUGACAGAAAGAGAUAACUACGCUACGCUCCGUGUUAACGAUUGACAUGUUGGCUACGCGGGCAGUUCUCAAUAUUCGUGUCUAUUAUUGCAGAUAGGUAGGAUUUAAUGAAUGUCAUGUCAAUGAAAAGAUACCAGUCACCGAUUACACUUAAUCUUAUGAUAAUUUCAGGGCAUGAUUCAAACUACGAUGCUACUUAGUGAUAAAUAGAACGCGUAGAUCGAAACACUGAUUAAUGUAAUCAUUAACCAAUUAUCAAUGUCAGUUAUAAAAAAAUAAGUAAAACACCAUGGCUGAUACUAGUGCCCAGGAAUGUGAACCUUUAGAGGCUGCAACGAAAGUAAAAACAAGUGGUAGUGGUUACAAACGUAUCAGUAAUUUCUUCAAAGUAUUCAAACACAUUACAGUAGAACCAACUGGUGCCAUCUUUCUUUGUGCCUGUAUCUUUGUGGCGACCACCUCCCAAACACUUCAGUUGGAGAAAACCUGUCGAGUAAAUCUCAAACUUGGAGAUGAAAUAUGUACUUCACUCAGAAAUCAAGACUCGACUAACAACAGUGUAUAUGAGAAGCAAGUGCAGCAAUAUGUGGCUCGGAAACUGGCAUGGAAAAGUAUUCUCCAGUCUGUGUUACCAUGUAUUACACUUGUGUUCGUCGGAGCUUGGAGUGACAAAACUGGAAGAAGAAUUGUAAUCAUGGCAAUUCCUAUGAUUGGAGAGAUAUUACACUGCAUUAGUAACAUCGUAAACGUUUUCUUUUUCUACGAACUGCCUGUGGAAGUCCAAAUUUUUUCAGACGUAAUUUUAGUAGGCUUGGCCGGAGGUUGGGCUACCUUAUUUCUAGGCUUAUUUUGUUACAUAGGAGACAUCACUACGGAAGAGAACAGGACUCAUCGAUUGGGAUUUGUGCAGUUUUUCACGUUUAUCGGCAUGCCCAUAGGCUUGGGAUUCUCCGGAGUCAUUUUGAAGAGAUUUGGGUACUAUGCAGUGUACAGCAUUGCACUGAUUAUGCACAUCUGUAACAUGGCUUAUGUUACCCUCAAACUACAGGAUCCAGAACGAACUGAAAAACAAAUAAAGCACGAUGGACGAGGUUUCUUCUACUUCUUUCGCCUCUUUUUCGACUUCACAAACAUCAAGGAGACGGUGCGCGUCGUGUUCAAGAACGGACCGAACAAUCGAAGAAUGCGCAUCUGCAUCCUGCUGGGCACUGUGAGCAUCCUGUUUGGACCUAUGUAUGGUGAAAUAGCCGUAAUGUACAUGUCCACGAGAUACCGCUUUGGUUGGGAUGAGCUGCAGUUCAGCAUAUACCAGACAUACAACUUUGUCACUCACACCAUUGGUACGGUGUUCUCUCUCAUCGUAUUCAGCAAGAUGUUGAAAUGGCAUGAUUCGAUGCUGGGCAUCAUUUCCACGAUUAGCAAGCUCGUCGGCUCCUUCAUAUACUGCUUUGCGGCCACGGCAACCAUAUUCUACAUAGCUCCUUUGGUGGAAAUAUUAAAUGGAACAGCUCUUCUAGCGACGAGAUCCAUCAUGUCCAAACUAGUGGCUCCUGAUGAAUUGGGUAAAGUAAACUCCAUAUUUGGGCUGACUGAGAACUUGAUGCCUUUGAUUUACGUGCCGCUGUACACCACCGUGUACACCCACACCAUGGAGGUACUGCCGGGCGCUGUGUUCCUCAUGGGUGCUUGCAUGUCCAUACCAGCGAUCGCUGUUUUCUCCUGGCUAUUAUAUGAACACAGAAAAGGAGUGCGUCGGAUAAAAAAAGAAGAAAAUGGGGUUACAGAGCCUCUUAACGGGGCCGUGGAAAUCCCUUUAAAUAAAGUUAAUAAUGAAGCUAGUUAAGUAGCUCAGUGCCAUAUAUAAUAAUAGUGUUUGAUUAUUAUUUUUUUACGACGUAGGUACAUAAGUUUUUAAACUAUUAAAUAUUAAUACUAAUAUU